UUCCUCCUCACAGCGGGAGCCGUACCGUGCACGCGCCCGCCGUCCUGUCCGCGCGCUCGUGCCCGCGGUGCUGGUGGUGACGGUGACGCAGCGCGAGGAGUGGAGAAAGAGAGCGCGAGGCGAGGCGAUGGCGGCGGAGCGGGAUCCCGAGCCCCGCGCGCCCCCGGAGAACGGCUUCGUGAGCGCGGAUCAGCACGCAUUGCUGUCGCGCGUGGACGGCUGCGUGCUGCCGUUCCUGGGCGGAUUCGGUUCCUUCCAGAAGCGGCUCGUGGCGCUCACGUGGAUCCCCGCGCUCUUCAUCGGGUUCAGCCAGUUCUCCGACUAUUUCCUCCUGGAGCAGCCCGGCGGCACGUGCGCGCGCGCGGCGGAGAACGGCACGCUCAUCGGGGCGACCCGCGCGCUCCCGCAGGAUAUCAACAACAACAACACGGACAACAUUACCGCGAGCCUCGCGCUCAUCAACCGCACCGCGCUCGAAGCGCUGCAGUGCGGGCUCGAGCAGAAUGUCGUCACGAAGUGGAAUCUGGUGUGUGAUUCGGAGUGGAAGGUCCACAUCGCUAAGUUCUCCCUGCUGGUGGGAUCCAUCUUCGGCUACCUGGUUCUGGGGGUUCUGGCUGACUGGUUUGGGCGCCACCUGGUGUUGAUAAUUUCGGUGUUCUUCACGCUGGUGUUCGGCAUGACGGUGGCGUUCUCGGUGGACGUGACGAUGUUCAGCACCCUGCGGUUCUUCGAGGGAUUUUUCCUGGCAGGAAUUACGCUGUCUCUCUACGUCCUGAGGAUCGAGCUGUGUUUACCAGGCUGGCGUUUCUCCAUGACGAUGGUUGCUAACUUCGUGAUGUUGGCGGGGCAGCUGCUGAUGCCCGGGCUGGCGGCACUGUGCCGGAACUGGCAGAUCCUGCAGGCGGUUAUCAUCUGCCCACUGCUGCUAAUGCUAACCUACAUAUGGCUUUUCCCGGAGUCUUUGCGCUGGCUGCUGGCGACUCAGCAGUACUGCCGGGCGAAGUGGAUCGUGGAGCGAAUCGCCAAAACAAACAAAGCCAACCUGGACUCAGACGAACUGCUGUCAGAGCUGCACAAAGCGCAACCAAAGAAACCUAAGAAGACCUGCAUUGUGAAGAUGGUCGGCACCCGGAACCUCUGGAAAAACAUUGUGGUGCUUUGUGUUAAUUCGUUGACGGGAUACGGGAUUCACUACUGCUUUGCACGCAGUAUGAUGGAUACGGACACGGAGGAGGUUACCAUGUUCCACAACUUCUAUGCAGAUUAUUAUACGAUGGCAGGGAUCGCCGUGGCGUCCUGCAUGGCUCUGUGUCCAGCAGUGGGGCUGAUGGGUCGCAGGGGGGGUCUCCUCAUGUUCAUGAUCAUCACAGCUCUCGCAUCACUGCUGCAACUCGGCCUGCUCAACCUUUUGGGGAAAUACAGCGUCCAGCUCAAUAUUGAGCGAUCAGACACUCUUAAGUCCAACUUUUCUGUGGCGUUCUCCAUCAUCGGCAUGUUCUCCUCCCACGCCGUCAGCAAUCUGAGCAUUUUCUUCUGUGCUGAAAUCACGCCCACCGUCAUCAGGGGUGGCGGUCUGGGUCUAGUGUUAGCAAGUGCUGGUUUUGGGAGAUUAACAGCUCCUAUAAUGGAGCUCCAUAACCAGAAGGGCUACUUCCUGCACCACGUGAUCUUCGCCUGCUGCACACUGAUCUGCAUCAUCUGCAUCCUGCUGCUGCCCGAGACUCGCUACCAGCCACUGCCAGAGACGCUGGCCGACGGCGAGAGUUACACACGGCAGCCGCUGCUGCCCCCGCGCAAACCUGCUGAGCAGCGCCACCUGCUGCCCCAUGCCCAGAGCCGUGAGUACGCGCAGGUGACGGACACGCCCUUGCAUGCUGCCGCUGCCACUGCAGUGUCCACCAUGGAGUCCACCGCCUCGUCUGCCAUAGACCUGACCAUCCCACCUGACGGGGAGCCGGACUCCAUGCCGCUUUCCCUCAUGAAGCUGCAUAAGGAGACGCAGCCUGCAGAUGGCACUCUGCUCACCGUGGUCCCACACACCUCCACCCCCCUCAGCGCCAGCCCCGCCCACCCCAGCACCAACGAAUCACUCCCUGAUCUCAUCGCCAACGUCCCGCCCCAGGACUCUGCAGCUGCUUCAGAGACCCCACCCUCUCUGCUGUCUGUCCACACCCUCUCCCACACCCCCCCAUCGCCGGUCAGUCCCCUGACCGCAGACACAUCCGAGACCGCAUCUCCAUCUACACCAGAGAGCCCCUCCCACCCUGCUCAUCCCGCAGAGACUACAUCUCCACCUCUUCCAACUGGCCACUCCCCUGCUCAGACCCCUGAAAUCACCCCCUACAUUUUGCAUACAACAGGGACUCCACCUCCUCCUCGAAUUAGCCCCGCCCUCUCAACAGACAGCAGAUCACAGCCUGAGACGGACAGUAUUGUAAACAGGGCUGUAAAGGAUUUUCCCCCACCCGACGUCAGUCAAACUGACAGCCAUCACCUCUCAGACUCUGUAGAUGUUCCAGCAGGUGGCGCUGUGGACUUUUGCGGUGCAGAGCUCCCUGCACCUUUACCCCCACCCACAGUGGACCCUGCUGCUAUUGCCCUAAAUAAUAUAGCCCUGCCCCCUCCUUCAGACUCACCGGUUUAUUUAGUUAAUGAUUUAGACUCACUCCACUCUGCUCCUUCCUCCCUGCAUGUUCAACCUGUUCCACCUCCAUCCUCUUCCUCACCCAUUGAUUCUGAUGUUCUCCUGUUAACACCCAGCAUAUUAGACCCCACCCUUUUAGAGACCCUGUCCCCUUCGUCGGAGGGUGCUGCCAUUUUAAGUGAAGCUCCAACAGUGCCCUCCGCUGGAGACCCUGUAACAUUGGACCUCACAGUUUCCUCUCCCAUUGACUCUGGUCUGUCUCCAGCUGCGGUCUUCCCUGCCAGCAGCAGCAGCAGCACUGCCAAUGAGGUAGCGUCCUCGUGAUGGCCUACACGGCUGGUGCUUCGUCCCGGAGGGCAGCUUAGCACUGGGGGGCUAAUAUGAGCCCAAAAGCCACUUGUGCAGGUCAGAGUUGCCAAUGCUAGAAAGGGAUUUGCUAACAAAAGGGAACCAGGCUGGAUCAUCAACACAUCGUUCUCCAGUGCCAGUAAAUCGCUGCAUUAGGCUGCUUCUUUAUCUGAUUAGUACUUGUGGUGACUGACCUCCACAAAUUUCAAUCAUACCCAGACCACCUGGACAUUACUGGAAAUUCCCUGCGAGUGGUCAGUCUGGAUACUCCUGUCUGCUGAAUAUGAAAUAAAACUGCCUUCUUAAAGUGACCAGUAAAGCCUGUUGUGGUCAAACAUGAAGAGUGCCAAUAGCAGCUUUCUUUCUCAGAAUCUUACAGUUAAAUUCUAUUCAAUGAUUAAUAAAGUGAAUUUCUGAAAAAAAAAAGGAUAUGGAUCAUCCGUUUCCAUAUUCCCGGGAAUACGUUCUUAUUAGCUGCAUUAAAAAGUGCUUUGUUAUCUAAUGGAGAUUUCCACCAGAAAAGCUGAUCAGACACUAAGUUAAAAAAUCCAUCAGACUGCUUUUAAAUCAACAGACCCUCAGAGAGAGUCUCUUUUAGAGCUUUUAACUGGGCUAACCCCACGCCUACACCCUCACCCCUAGCCUAUUCUCCUUAAAGCACAACUCCAACACUGAUGCCCUAGCCCAACUAACUGAACCCUAACCUCUCGCCUAAAUACCAUUUUCAUCAUGCCCUCGCUGACCUGGCCUCCUCAUAUCCCCUCUGGGAAUCCCGACACUGUUCAUCUCAAUACUGUAUUAACUGAAGUAAACUUGGUUAAAUAGGUAAUUAAAGAUUGUUCAAUCAGGUGUAUAUAAAAAUCACUCAGACAAAAAAAUUAAAUGGUCAGUUCAAAUAUUUCUUGAUUUUCCUGAUUCUCUUGUCCCUUUAACUCUUACAUAAACUAUUCUUUAAUACUUUUAGCCAAACUCCUGAAGAUUACACUUCAAACUCUGAACUCGAACUUUCAAACCCCUUUUAUUCUUGAAUCUGCUUAAUAGUUUAGGGCUCCAAUCCUGUAGCUCCGAACCUCUAGACCCAAAGGCCCAGUCUGUUUACAGAGCCCUGCCGAGUUCUGGGUGUCUGCAGUCAUUAAUAAACACAAAGUUCUGCAGAAAUAAGAGCAGUUCUGACCCGGCAGGUUCUGGGUGGGGCAGUGGGCGUGGCUGUAGUUUUCUGUUGUAGUUUAAAGGUCAGGUCUAAACAGCUCUGAGCACAAGCUUGAUAAAAUAGGAAAACACCGGAUUCCGAAUGUAAGUGGCAUUUUAUCACCAACAAAGCAUGUAAACAUAAACAAGUAAUGUGAACUUGUGAACACAUGAAAUGUGAACAGAUGAGUGUGAGUAGCGAGUACGAUGUUGUGAAACAUAGCGAGUCAUCUCUCAUUUGUGGAGCUGCGUAUUGUCGCUUUGGUCAGGAGUGGAGGAGGAGAUGUGGUUGCGUCCGCUGAGGAAGCAAUAAUCAAUAUUUAUAUGAUCCUCUUUUUCGUUCCACAUAUUGAAACGCGAGAGUUCUUAUAUUUAGACUAACAAAAAACGUUGUUUGGCGAAAGCCAGCUGGAUGUUAUCAUGGGAAUUGAUCAGUAAUUAUUAAAAUAAUAAAUUGAAGUAAUGUUGCUUCAGUGUCUGGAGAGUCAGAGUAUUUCAGGCCCAACCGUGACGGAGGUGCUGAAUAAAAGCAGCUGCUGAUGGAGGUACCUCACUGUUUUUGGAGAAGGACGGCGCUGACAGAAGACCCUGGACCAGCAUUCAUGACAUUUUUCUCUUCUGUCUGGGUGCUGCUACCUGAUACACAGCUGGUCGUUCUGUAGCUUCAGCUGAAGCAUGAAUUACAGCCGCCACGGUCAGUACCGCAACACUCGGAGCACGGCUGAGCGAUCCAGACAGAACCCGCUGUGGAACUUGUUGUGUACAAGCAAAAAGUGAAAAUGAAUCAUCUGCAUAUGUGUGUGUACAUAACUAAUAAAACUAAUCGGAAGUC